AAAAAAAAGGAAAUAUAAUAACCGAGAGAAUUAUUUUUGUUGUUUUUGUGCGCGUUUUUCUAUGCCCACAAUCGAAGAAUCCGGCCCGUUUAUAUAUAUUUAAGAGCUCGCAGAUUGCAGAUUGCAUUGAGUUAGCAGCUGCAAUGUCGGCGUUUACGGAGACGGCGCUAAUCAAGAAAUUGGCGGAGCUCAACAGCAGCCAGCAGAGCAUCCAGACGCUGUCCUUGUGGCUGAUUCACCAUCGGAAGCAUAGUGCAGUUAUAGUGAAGACCUGGCAGCGGGAGCUGGAGAGUGUGCCGGAGCCGAAGAAGCUGACCUUCAUGUACCUGGCCAACGAUGUCAUCCAGAACAGCAAGAAAAAGGGCCCCGAGUACGGCCGGGAGUACAGCAAUGUGUUGGGCAAGGUGUUUGCCCACAUCGGGGAGAAGUGCAGCUCCGACAAGCUCCUGGGCAGUCUUGGGCGCAUCCUCAACAUUUGGCUGGAGCGCGGCGUCUACGAUGCCAAGGCAAUAACCGAGUAUCGGGCCCGCUUGCACCGAGAGUCGGCUAGCAGCAAGAAUGGCAGCAAAUCGAACGACGCCGACGCAGGGGAGCAGCGGGAGAAAGAGCACAGCAGCAGCGGCGGAGGUGCCGGCGGCAGCAGGUCGGAAAAGUCAGAGCGGAGGGAGAAGCGCAAGCACGAGGAGCGACACUCAAAGUCCAAAAAACAGCGACACCAUCACCACAGCAGCACCAGCAGUGCUCCAGCAGCACCAGCAGAAGAAGUGGCUGCAGAGCCGGAAAACGGGCACACUCCCCCCUACCUGCCGCUGGGUGAGCCGCCCGAGCCGGAGGAGCUGAUCAAGGCACUGACGAGCAUAGAGAACUCGGCCUCCAGCGAUGCCGAUGUGAGGGAACGCAUUGCGAAGCUGCCGCAGGAGAUAUCGGAGAUCAGUUGCAUCAACAAGCUGGAGGACAAGGACAAGGCGAAGGCCCUGGCCAAUCAAGUGAACGAGGCAGUGGAUUUGCUCAACGAUUACAAUGCGCGGCUGGCGGCCGAGAUGGAGGAGCGCACCAAAUUGGCCGCAAUGCUGCGCGACUUUCAGGCGGAGCAGAAGGAGCUGUUGGCCCAGGCCGAGACACGACUCGAUGAACACAAGAAGAAGCUGACCAAGAUGUUGGGCCUGCAGAAGGAGAUACACGAUCACCUAUCCAACUUGCCGGAUCUGACGCAGCUGCCAGAUGUCACUGGCGGCCUGGCACCCCUGCCCUCUGCCGGCGAUCUCUUCAAUGCUCUGCACUGAGCACAGUGAUCACGGCUCACGGAUCACGGAUCACGGAUCACGGAUCAUGGAUCGCGGAUCAUGGAUCGAAUUGAUCGACGAGUAGAGUAGCAGCGUUCGAGUCACUUAACCAGCAACUACUUAAGCCACACACACACACACACACAGCUCCAUACAUAUACAUACAUAUACUGUUUGCAUAUAAUCGUCGUAGCUGUCACCCCCCCCACUCCCCCACUCCAAAGUUGUCACCCACUCCCCCCCUACUGCACCACCACCACCAACCCAGAUUAUAUUGCCCCGAUUAUUAU